CCCGCCCUCCCUCAAGCUGCCUUUCUCUUUCGUUGACUGUCUUUUCCCUUCCCUUAUUUGAGCAUGUCUGCUCAAUUCCGGCCCAAGUUCGAUCCCUCAGAUGUCCCCAUUCCGACCUCAAGGACUCUUCAGCCUUCGGCGACCACUGUCCGCCGUGCGAAGACACUUACCCGCCCGGAGCGUACUGUAGCCCCCGUUCCGCUCAUAAAUGCACAGGUAGCACACUCCGCCGCCGGCCCACGAGCUGCUGCUUCCGACGACGGUCCUCCCCUUGACGCAUGGCGUAUAUUCUCGCGCGUCGUGUCAUUUUGGGCCCCCGACUUCCUCCUCGAAUCACUCGGAGGACUACGAGACAAGCAGAAGCGGCAGGCUUGGAGGGAAAAGAUUGCCCUCUGCUUCAUCAUCAUCAUUCUUUGCGGUGGUGUAGGCUUCGUCACCGUCGGCUUCCAGAAGGUCCUAUGCCCCGACACCACGCAGUUCGUUAGCAGGUUCGCGCCGAAGGGGUCGGUGGGAGGAGUUCUGGGAGUGCAGGGGUGGCAGAUGAACAUCACGAAGUUUCCUACCGCACAGGGAGUCAACUUCACCGAUUUGCUCAAGUCUCCUGGCCAGGACAUUACCACUCUUUUCCAGCGUAACGCCAGCCAGUACCCUGCUUGUAGCGGCCUUUCCUUCCGCGCUGCCGCCGAGGCGCCUUGUCCCCAAGCAGACAAGUGUCCUAUCGGUCAACUCGAUACUACUUCUCUUGAGAAGGAUGGGUUCAUCAACACUACCUUGGUCGUAGGCUACGAUUGGGACCAGGUCGCAGCUCUCCAGAACUAUCUCGUCAUUGACGGCGCCGUACUCAACAUGAACUCGUACAUGGCGCUUCAUCCUACCCCCAUUCCCUCCGACAACGUUGACGCUGCCAUCCGGACGGUGUUGCAGAACAUGCCCGGAGGGUCCGGCCGAGAUGCUACGCGUCUGUUCUACUACCGCUCGGAACUUCGCCAAGCAGUUCCUUGUCUGGUGCAGCGAUACUACGCCGGGAACAUCGACAAGAUUACGCCCGGAUGCGUGGUGUCACAGCUCGUGCUGUACGCCGGUCUCAUUGUCGUCCUAAGUCUCGUCAUGGUCCGUUUCGCCAUGGCCUGCGUCUUCAACUGGUUCAUGUCCUCCCGUCUUGCCGGUCCCCCCGACAAUCUCACCCUCAAUCGCUCUGCGAUCAGCCCUGCUGUCAUGCCUGAAGGCGCCAAUGUCUCGAUUGACAACCUCAACGGGACGGCGCCGUGGGCUGGCCCUGGGGGCACGAAGCGACUCAUGAAACCCAACAGCAAAACCGUGCGUUCGAUGGUGUCCUCGAGCUCCACGCUUGUCAACAACCGAGACAGCGGGGCGGCGGCGCCUGUCAUGAGCCUCGCGCAGAUCGGAGCCGAGCUAUUUGCGGUCUGUCUCGUUACGUGUUACUCAGAAGGCGAGGACUCUCUCCGGACCACGCUCGACUCGAUCUCCACUACAUCGUACGCCGACCAGCGUAAGCUCUUGUUCGUGGUCGCGGACGGAAUGAUCACCGGAGCAGGAGAAAAGCGAAGUACGCCCGACAUCUGUGUCAGUCUGCUGGAAGCCGACCCACGGUUCGGUAAUCCGGUGCCUAUGAGUUAUGCUGCCGUCGGCUCGGGUGCGAAAAGCGAGAACAGAGCUAUGGUCUAUGCUGGGCAUUACACCGUCGCUGGCCGGCGGACGCCCACGGUCGUCGUUGUGAAGUGCGGGACGGAGCAGGAAGCGGCUACGGACAAGAAACCAGGCAAUCGGGGCAAGCGCGACAGUCAAUUGAUUCUCAUGAACUUCUUCUCCCGCGUCACCUACAACGAUCGGAUGAGCCCACUCGAUUUCGAUCUCUUCCGCAAGAUCCACGUCCUCAUGGGAGUCACGCCCGACUUCUUUGAAGUCUGUCUCAUGGUCGACGCCGACACGAAAGUGUACCCCGAUUCCCUGAAGUACCUCGUAAACUGCAUGCACCACGAUCAGAUGAUCAUGGGCGUAUGCGGGGAAACACGGAUAGCGAACAAGCGACAGUCUUGGGUCACGGCCAUCCAGGUCUUCGAGUACUUCAUCUCCCAUCACAACGCGAAGGCCUUCGAAUCCGUCUUUGGUGGUGUUUCCUGUCUCCCAGGGUGUUUCUCGAUGUUCAGAUUGAAGGCGCGGAAGGCUACAGGCGACGACUGGGUGCCUCUCAUCAUCAAACCGGAGAUCGUCAAGGAGUAUAGCCAGUCGGUUGUGACGACGCUGCACGAGAAGAACCUGCUCUUGCUCGGCGAAGAUCGUUUCCUCACCACCAUUCUCCUGCGCACGUUCCCGAAUCGCAAGAUGAUGUUCCUUCCCCAGGCGAAGUGCAGAACGGUCGUGCCCGAUACGUUCAGCGUGCUCCUCUCGCAGCGUCGUCGUUGGAUCAAUUCCACGAUCCACAACCUCAUGGAACUGGUCCUUGUUCGGAAUCUGUGCGGGACCUUCUGCUUCAGCAUGCAGUUCGUAGUUUUCAUGGACCUUCUCGGCACUGUCGUCCUUCCCAUCGCUAUUUCCCUGACGUACAUGCUCAUCGUGGGCAUGAUUCUCGCUCCUCCGCACAACUUCGAAGAAGCGAUCCCUCUCGUCCUUCUCAUUGCCGUCCUCGGUCUCCCCGCUAUCCUUAUUCUCAUCACUACGAGGAAGGUCGUGUACAUCUUCUGGAUGUUGAUCUACUUGGCGGCGCUGCCAGUUUGGAAUUUCGUCCUCCCAGUAUAUGCCUUCUGGCAUUUCGAUGACUUCUCUUGGGGCGAAACUCGGAAGGUCGAAGGUGAACGCAAGGGGGAAGCUCAUGGAGAAGGAGCUGGAGUCAUCGGAGCAGCGAGCGUACCUAUGCGACGCUGGGAAGACUGGGAGCGCUCACGACUGCGGAAGAUUCGCCGCGAGGAGAGGCGGAGACGAGAGUUCGAGCGCCAACACGGAGCUUACAUCGGUUCGAAUGGCGAGCUCGUCGCGCGCAGCGAGGUGUAUAGCCAGUACGAUGGCUCGGACACUGUCUCUGUAGCUUCCUCAGACGACGACCACUGGGGGGCGCAGAUCGGCGGAUACAACGAGAACAGCGUCCAAUAUCCUCCUCCGCCCGUCACACUCAUGCCACAGGCUCUGGCGAGCGCGGAAACCAUAGCGGGAUCGGAUCUCGAAGCAAUGCUCGAAGUCGGGUUCGACGAGCGGUCAUCUGGGCGUGCAAGAGGGCAUGAGACGCGAUUCCAGCUAUCCGAUAGGGGCAAUGGGUAUACACCACUGUCCAGGGCAACCUCGCCCGGCGUGCAGACUGCGCAGGCAGCACCGCUGCUCCAGCCAAUAUCGCCAACGACACCUGGAGAUUCUAUCGGCACAGGUAGCUCUGCGGACUGGCAAGCACACGGGAAGGAGUCGAGCGGUGGACGUUCCGGCAAGCAAGAUUAUGGGCCACUGGGGCCUUUAGACCCCAGAUCGAAGUUCUAAUGUCGCAUAGUCGUUGCAUUGGCACCAUUGUCGGACUGUUCGCUUUGACUCGCUGUGUUACUAGUUCAUCAUACCCAUUCCGCUCUUGCUCGUCGCCGCACGUCACCGUCACGCCAAUAUCCGACGCCCAUCCACUAUUCCCCACGUACAGAACAUUAGCUCCAUAUUCGUAAUUCCUCCGUGUUUAGGAUACGGACGCUUGCCCUUUGACUACUACGCCAUCAGCCCUCUCCUCGCCCCUCGCUUCUGCGCGCCCCCUCCUUCGACUCUCGUCGUAGCUGUCGCUACCAUCUCUACCUACCGCCGCCUCGCAUCCACUUGUCACGCCACACGUCGUUCGCAUAGCAUGAUGAAUCGCCUCGCCCUCUUCCACCUUCUCCAAUCAAGGCCUGUCUUUGCUGCAUUAUCUGAUAUAUAGCUACCUGUUUCAAUUCAUAGAGCAUUCUCUUCUUGUGCACUUCACGUACGAAGACAACGCUGGAUUAUCGAUGUAAUACGGAAAUGCACACCAGGCCUCAUAACU